CUCUUUUUUCGGGCAGAUAUUUAGAGGCACAGCCAAGAGCACGUUAGACCCUGUCGAGAAAGAAUAUUUUUUCCUCAAACAGAGUCGACGUGCCGUCAACUAUUGUUCGAAGAUGGCUUCGCUGAAACUUGCAGUCUGUCUGCUCUUAUUUGCGUUGGUUACCGCAAAUCCCCCAGAGAAUCGCCGCCGUGAAACAACAGACAGCUUGAGGAUGUUCUCUGCUUUUCCCCACGCCGUCGCCGUGUUCACAACCAAAAACGACACGUCCUUCAAAUGCCUCAGCACCACAAGAAGGCACUUUAACCCACUGAAAAAGACAGCCACUUACGUUUGGCACUUCAAAAAUCACACCGGUCACCAGAGGAGAGACGUUGUCUUUGACGUAGAUUUUUCAGACACUCCCGGACAAGGUACCUUUUUUAUAAACAACGACAAAACCCGCCCUUUCACUGCUCUCUACAAGUACUCAGACUACAGAACCUGCGCGGUGAUCACAACACCCUAUGGAGGCCAUGAUCACUGCUCUAUGUGGGUGAGAAGGGGGCGGGUGCACAACGUUCCCCAGCACUGCUUGGACAACUACGAAGAAAUCUGUGGAAUCGGAGACAAUCUCGUCGACAGGGACAUCUGCAGAGACGACGACGACUAAGAUGAUAUUACGGCAUACUUUCUGAGUUUAAAACUCUCUGAUGCCGACGCGGUUAAUUGUCUUGCUUAUUCACAUAAAACCCCAUACAAGAAAGUGGGGCUACAUUGA